GCAGAGCAGCAUGAGUUGGAUUUAAAGUUGAUCGCGCGCGAUUUGCGAGUCAGUUGGUGUCUGUGCGUGAAACUGAUUGAUCAUGAUCUGGGGAUUGUGUUUUCUGGCCAUUGUGGCCCAAAGAAGUGCCCUGGCGCAAGUGUCCGGGGAAUUUUGGUGGCUAAACCCUGCGCUAAUGGAAGCAGCUGGAAAGAAUCGUCAGGAGAAGGAAUUCCGGGAAGAGGGAAGAUCCGAGGAGCCUGAGGAUGAUUCCAUUGAUUGUUUCUGCGUGCCAAAGUGUCAGUGUGAUGAUCCUCCUGUGGAUUUGGUGUUUGAAAGUGAAAAACAUGAUUCGUGCGCGCCAAUGGAGAAAUGCUGUCACCUUCUGAAACUGCCCAUCCCGGCAAACUGUUCAUCCAGCAUCACCUUCACGGAGAAUACCCUGGAGCAUGAUGGGAGUCCAUUGGCCAUUAAGGAGUUUCCCUGGCUUCUGUCGCUGUCCUAUGAGACACUUCCCAAUGUCUGUGGAGCUGCAAUCUUGACUUCAACAGCAGCCGUUACUGCUGCACAUUGCGUUGCUGGAACCAAAUACCCUUCAUCCUAUUCAAUCAGAACCACCGAAGGGUACGAGAGAAUCUUGAGUGAGAUCAUCCAGCACCGAGGCUACUAUUCAGGCGGGAGAUUCAAUGAUUUGGCUCUGAUUAAAUGGGAAAAGCCUCUAGCAACCCCCCAUGGAUCCAAUGUCAUCCAAUUAGCCGAUAAUGAAGACCUCACUGAUGAAAAUUCUUCCUGCUUCGCCAUUGAACUGGACAAUAACCAUCCCAUUCCUCUGAACGUGAUGUCUCCUUUUCUCUGCGAGGCAAUCCUGCGAGAAGGACGCCUCGGCCGAAGGUUUCAGCUCCACUCUAGCUUCCUCUGCGCCGUGAGCGACCUCCCAGGAACCUGCAAAGCUCAAGGAGGGAAUCUCCUAGUGUGCCAGAAGCCUGGAAGCAUUCCCCUUCUGGCUGGAGUGGCAUCAUGGGGUUUCAAGUGCAAUGAGCCAAGAAUCUUUACAAAUAUAUCUGUAUUUUCCAAUUGGAUCAAUGAUAAUUUAAUUAAAUAUUAUUUUUAAAUA